CUAUGGUCGGCAUGCCUGCGCCGGUCAUCCUGUUCCUAUACACGUAUUCGACUUCCAAGAUUUGCGCUGGUACGGUCUGCCCGUUUAUCUGUAUGCACGAGGAUGACCCCGAAAGCCUCGCCUGCAAGCGUCACCAGCUCUCGACGUCGUCGCACCCACCACAAGUCCAGAAAGGGCUGCAAGGAGUGUAAGAAGCGACACAUCAAAUGCGAUGAAGGUUGGCCCCAAUGCGCUAACUGCAUCUCCUCACAACGAUGUUGCUCGUUUCAAGAUUCACCGGACCAUCGAGCCGGUGCAGCAAGUCCUGCCGUGGAUGUAAGGACCACUGGCACCUUCGAUUUCUCUCUGCCUGAGGCUGGUACUACUGGACUUCGUUUUGCUGCCACCCACCUUAUUUGCCUACACCACGCCGAGACUCAUAUGAAGACUUACAUGGCUUUAAACGGGCCGGCUCAGCCAAUUAUCGAUCUAGCUGUGGACAAUGUCGCCGGAGCGCCCUUCCUACUCGACCAAAUACUCGCACUUUCUGCUUUGCAUCUCUCCGUGCAAGACACGAGUGCGAUGAAGAAAGCAUAUUACCAUCAGCAAGCUACCGAACUACAGACGCGUGCGCUGGAACUCUUCAAUCAAGCUCGAGAGGGAGAAGAUAGUGAUGAUAGCACUAUUCCCGUCUUUGUCUUUGCCUCCCUUCUUGGUAUCCACGUCCUCCGGGAAACGCUCUCUAGCCUCCGAGAAGACCUGUCCGCCUUCGUGGACUCCUUCAUCCACUACGUUCACCUUCAUCGAGGAGUGCGCACUGUAAUCUCAAAUGGCACUUGGCCGGCCAUUCUUCAAUCAGAUCUGAAACCUCUUCUAUGUCUCCCAACUAUGAGCGAUGAUCUAGAGAAGCAGACGCAAGGAGAAGAGACUCGGAAACUGAAUGAUUUUCUGAGCGAAUACAAUUCCGCCCAGGAUUCGAUUAAGGCAUGCCAAAAUGCGCUCGAGCAUGCCCAAUGGAUGCUGGAUUUGUGCAACCAGAAUCCUUCCCGAGAAGAUGUUGGUAUACACGCAACCAUGGCCUGGCCGCUAUUGGUUCCUCAAGAGUACAUUGAUGCUUUGCACCAGCACCGCCCAGAGGCUUUCGCAGUCUUUGCCUUUUACGCCGCAGCUUUGCACCGCUACCGGACAUACUGGGUUUUUGGAGAAUCCGGCUCGUCUUUACUUUCUGCGAUCUUGAAUACCAUCGGUUCAUUUUGGAGAGACAACAUAGGUGCUUCAAUUGAAACAAUGGUAAUUGGUUAAUUACUGUUCAUUCCAGAUUUCUUUUGCAUCAUGUUCACAAAACAAAAUGAAGAUUGCCAAGCGAGUGCAAGUCAAUGAUAACCGCAAUGAAGAGAAGGGUUCUCCUCACAUUUGCGACCAUCAGCAGGGCUAAGAAAA